AUGCUUAUCGUAAAGAUUUGUUACAUCCAAAUGAGUAUGUUCGUGGAUCUACUUUACGGUAAUUUUUCGUUUUUAAAUAUUUUUAUCUUCUUUAGUUUCCUUUGCAAAUUGCGUGAACCUGAACUUUUGGAGCCUUUAAUGCCUUCUAUUCUCAAAUGCCUUGAGCAUAAACAUUCCUAUGUUCGUAGAAAUGCUAUUCUGGCUUUAUUUACAAUCUACAAAAAUUUUGAAUUUCUUGUUCCUAAUGCGCCUGAGGUGAUUUCUCAGCUUUUGGAAUCUGAGCAGGAUGCUUCUUGCAAACGAAAUGCAUUUAUAAUGCUUCUUCAUGUUGAUCAACAACGCGCGCUUGAUUAUUUGUCAGUUUGUAUUGAUCAAGUCCAACACUUUGGUGAUAUUCUCCAACUGGUUAUUGUUUGUCAUAAUGAUCCUGCUGAGAGGAACCGCUUCAUCCGGUGUGUAUACAAUUUGCUUCAAUCUCAGUCUCCAUCUGUUCGUUAUGAGGCUGCUGGGACUUUGGUUACAUUAAGUUCUGCACCAGCUGCUAUCAAAGCGGCGGCCACAACUUAUAUAGAUUUAAUUGUAAAAGAAUCUGACAACAAUCUAAUUGUCCUUGACCGCUUAGUUGGCCUUCGUGAAGUAUUACCAAAUGACAAAGUUCUCCAAGAAUUAGUUAUGGACAUUCUUCGUGUCCUUUCUACAACAGAUUAUGAAGUUCGACGCAAAAUUUUACAACUUGCUUUGGAAUUAGUUUCAUCACGUAACGUUAAUGAGAUGGUUAUGUUUAUGAAAAAAGAAAUUGAUAAGACAAAUAAUGAUCAAUUAGAAGAUACUGGUCGUUAUAGACAAUUGCUUGUCCGAACUCUUCAUAGUGCUACAAUUAAAUUUCCUGAUGUUGCACAACAAAUCUUUCCUGUACUUGUGGAAUUUCUUUCAGAUCAAUCUGAAGCGGCAGCAAUGGAUGUUCUUUUGUUUAUUCGAGAGGCAAUACAACGAUUACCACAUUUACGACAACAUAUUCUUCAGUUACUUUUGGAUGUGUUUCCAUCAAUUCGAAAUGCCAAUAUCUUCCGCUCUACUCUUUGGAUUUUGGGUGAAUAUAGUGAUCAAUCUGAAACGAUAUCAAAGGUCUUUGAAUUAGUCCAAGAAUCAUUGGGUGAGAUUCUGAUUGAUGGCACAGGUUCCUCAGAACUCGAAUCAGAUAAUGACAAGCAAAAAACGAGUACUACUAAACAGAUUGGUGAAAAUAAGCCUCGCCAAUUAAUUACUGCUGAUGGAACUUAUGCGACUCAAACAGCUAUGUUUUCGACUACGACUCAAAAUGUUGGUGACAACGAUAAACCAGCCUUUAAAAAACUGUUACUAGAUGGAAAUUUCUUUAUUGCUUCGGCUGUAGCUAACGAUUUGGCCAAAUUAGUACUUCGUUAUUCGGAAUUGAACAAAGGAGUGCCUACAACUGUUAACAAAAUUGCUGGACAGGCACUUUUAUUAACUGCUAACAUAAUUCAUUUGGGCAAGUCUGGCCAAUGUAAACAACAAAUCACAGAAGACGAUCUUGAUCGUUUAUCUACAACUAUUCGACUAAUAGUGGAACAGUGGCCCGAGGCUGUUAAUGGAUUCCUCGAGGAAUGUCGGUUUUCAUUAGAGCAAAUGCUACAGGCAAAGGGAGAUGUUGAUCGCCACGAGAAUGCUGAAAUGAAAAAUGCUAAAAAGAAAGUGAUUCAGCCUGACAAAACAAUUAUGUUUACGCAAUUAUCUACACGUGUUUCUGAAGGCGUGACUGGGACAAACCUCUUUGAUUUAUCCUUAUCUCAAGCACUGGGAACGGCACCAAAACCCUCUAAAUUUGAUUUUGCUACCUCAAAGCUUGGUAAAGUCAUUCAGCUUGCUGGCUUCUCAGACCCAGUUUAUGCGGAGGCUUACGUCAAUGUUAAUCAAUAUGAUAUCGUUCUUGAUGUGCUAAUAGUAAAUCAGACUGCCGACACACUUCAAAAUUUAUCAUUAGAGCUCUCCACUGUUGGAGAUCUUAAACUGGUUGACAAACCGUCGCCAGUAACGUUAGCACCACAUGACUUUACUAAUAUAAAGGCAACUGUAAAAGUAUCUUCAACUGAAAAUGGUGUAAUUUUCUCUACAAUUGCUUAUGAUGUGCGCGGUUCAACAUCAGAUAGAAAUUGUGUUUAUUUAGAAGAUAUCCACAUUGACAUUAUGGAUUACAUCGUGCCAGGGACUUGUACUGACACUGAGUUUAGAAAGAUGUGGGCCGACUUUGAAUGGGAAAAUAAAGUUGGUGUUAUCACUCCAAUAAUCGACUUACGACAAUAUUUGGAGCAUUUAUCAGCGCAAACAAACAUGAAGUUAUUAACUACAGAUGCGGCAUUAGGGUGAUUGUGGUUUCCUUGCUGCCAACUUCUGUGCUCAUUCAAUUUUUGGAGAAGACGCUCUGGCAAAUGUAAGCAUUGAGAAAUCUGACCCAUUAGAUACUAAUAGUCCAAUCAUCGGACAUAUUCGCAUACGAGCAAAAUCGCAAGGAAUGGCGCUUUCACUUGGUGACAAGAUAAAUCACGCCCAGAAGGAGCGAAAACCAGUGGAGCGCUCAAAGGCCGUCGUUUCUUCAGC